CGCAUAGAAGUGGAUUUACCACAGAUCUAAUAGAGCCCCUAAAUGAAAGUUUGGUAACAUGUGUUUCGCCAGAUUUUCGAGACUUGAAAGGAAAAAAUAUGCUAAAAAACACAACUGACCAACUCGUCUAACAAAAAUAUUAUCCGAAUUUCGUAAUCGCAGGAGGGGCAUGUCUCUAUUCCAACUACUUUAUAGACUCCAGUAUUAUUUGAAACCUAAACCGAUGCUCCUACCGUAAACAACUCAGCACUUCACAGAACUUAGGGUCAAGUUGCAAGGCCGCCUUCGCAGUGCGCCCCAUGUGACACUCACAUCUGAGAUCUCGGCUCCCGCACUACAGUCGGAUAUGCACGGAGCGGGCAAUAUGUAGACAGGUUGCUUAGAUUUGUCGAUCGGUGCAUUCGAGCCCACCCACUGCCGUCUUGACUAAGUCUUUCAGCAAGAACAAGGCAAAGUGAGUGAGGUAGCCCCAGAGCAAGUACGCACCAUCAAAGCAGAGUUCACGCGCAAUCCUUUACUGGGCGCACUCGGUGGGGAAACUGUAGACGCCGUCAUUUGCGAGGAUAUAAGUGUCAGUUCUCGUUUAUGCGGACGGAUAAGUAAGCCGUAGGAAAGCUCGAAAUUGAGCCACAAAUUGAGCCGCUCCUGUUUCAGCAUUCUACAUUAACCCUUAAACACCAGCCCUUGAAUGGCGAUUUGAAAUAUCCUAGAAGUGAAAGUCGAGAAAUGUAGGUCAGUACAAUACACUGUUUCUAGGUGGAGCGACGAAGGUUAAAAAACAACCAAUAAUCAGCAGUGCGGAGAGAAGGGAAAGUCAAGGUUGUCUAGGCAUGCUCGAGUAAGAGGGGGAAGCAUUAUGGUCCAGUUCUAUCAAGGGAGCAGGGAGAGAGUGCCAGCUGGUUGUGAUUGUAUUUCGUCGAUGUGGCGCCCUGUGGUAGGCUGCGGGCACGAACAUGUAGUACUCAAAUUGGGCCAGGGUAGAUGGGGGGCUUGAGCAAAUGCCCUCUGCGAGCAUUCCAGUUAGCCAGGCAGGAUGGUGGUUUCACAUCCGCUUGGCUAAGUGCCCAGUCGUUCGGCCAGCAUAGCUUGUCCCGCCAAACUGCCAACACUGACGACAGUCGAGGUAGACUCCUUGAAGGUGUAACUUUAUCGGAAGAAAUAACUUUUUUAUUUCGGAGUAAUCAAACUUCUAGCAUGUUUAACUCCUCCGACCAGCAGUCAGUCUUUCGAGAGUUGUCAGCGACUCCUUAAAGUCGGUCACCAUGUCUCGGCUACAACCCCCGUCACUGUUGGUUGUUAUAAUUUCAAUGAUAAUAAUAAUGGUGUAUUUUAGGGUAAUAGGCUGUGCCCUGAUGACACUAUUGAAAACGGUACAUAAAAUAUAAAUUUUACAUGUACAUUUUACUAAUUUUUUGUCAGUAACAUGCUUGUUCACGGAAAAAGUUUGCACAGUGCGGGACUGCGAAGGGUGUGUCGGGAGGUCUUUUCAGUGUACAUAUGAAAUUUUAAGUGCAGUUAUAUAUAAUCAGCAUAAAGUGCAGUCAUUUGUAUAGUUUGAGAGGGAAAAUUUCAUUAAAAGUCAGGGAUAUGUUAAGAAGGGAUGAAAUCAAGAAAUGAAAUUUAUGGCUGGCCGCAGAUAGUCAUGUAUAUAGAGUCCUGAUAUAGAGACCUAAUUUUUACUCAUCGCUUUACGCUCAUAAGGCUCCUUUGGUUUCAUUCUUUCACUUGAGCAUUGAUUUUGACAAUCGUGUACACUAUAGAGCGCUGAUAUGACCUUAACUAUAUAAAAAAAUAUGAAUGGAGCAUCGACUUCCCAACUCAGCAGACGAGGCUUGUCAAUUAUGCGUGUUAGCGUGCUCAAAUCCACAAAGGCUUUUAAAUGGAUUCUCUACCUUUAGAACUGGGAGGACUAUCACUUCAGGUGGAAUCCAGCAAGUUUCGGGAAUAUUACUUCCCUCAACUUACCCUAUAACACAGUAUGGCGGCCGGACGUUCUCCUUUACAACUGGUAAGUGGAGCAGAGCAUGAUGCAUCGAGUCUUUUAGAAGACCGGGAAUUACUUAAAGGUGAAUUCGAUUGGAUCAAUACAGUUAAAGCUGUAGGCCUCUUUCCUUGUAGCUUCAGUAAAGUUGCGUUUUGUAUCUUCAAUAUUUCACGCCUUCCAAAUCACCUCUAAACGCGCCAGUCCCACUUACCGCGAGAAAAACCAUACUAGGAGCAGAAAAGUUAAUCGCUACUAACAUCAAAUGAGUAGGUUGUUUAUGCUGGUUACACAAACUCGGCGACGUAAAGAACUAGCCAGGCGGAUAUUUGAUCUGCAGAAUCAGAACGGGCAGAUAAGCUACUAAUGCCUAAAGGAAAAGGUCAUUGAUGUAUCCGUAUUUGAGUGGUGUCUUAAAUUCCAUGAUUUCCGUCGGCGGUUUUAGCUUUUUAGGCAUUUCUCACUAUCGAAACAUUGAACGAAGUAAGUAUUGAUCGCUAAACAGCCAACGAAGCAAAUGUCUAUUCCGGCACUCCAGUUACGAGCUCUACUCCCCUCCCCCGCCGUCUUGACGCGAUGGCCUUUCUAUAAAACCACAGCCACGCCCGCAGGCAUUCCCCGCUGGGUCCCGCAGUCAAUGCUGGCCCGUUUAAUCAUCACUCGAGAUCCACUAUCGUGUGGAGAAUUUGCAGAGGUAUUGCAAUUCUGGAUUAAACAAGAGACGAAUCUGAAAUCUCUAACGGCUGGCAGUUUGACCCACACUGGGUUAGAGUUUUAACUUCUAGCUAACUGCCAACGAACCUCAGCCAAUAGAAAACAGACGCUUUCCUUUUAAGGCGAAUUUUAACAAUAGUUCCAGUCAAAGACAAUAUCAUUAUAGCAUGAGCGCUGAUAUCAUGAAGUUUUAUGUUUUUUUUUCCAGCGCGGACGAAAAGUUUGAUCGUCUCUACCCCACAAACGUCGUAAUUAAACACACAGGCAUGAUGCAGUGGUUGCCACCAGGGCUUUUCAAGUCCACAUGCAACAUGAACAUCCUCUGGUUUCCGUUCGAUGAGCAGGUAAGCAGAGUGUGCUUCGAAUACACUGAUUAGUGCCGGAAUUUCCAACCUUUACAUUUGCUAACUUCCAAACGGACGUGAGCAAAGGACUUAGCCCACAUUUUUCAGCAGCAUUUAGACUGGUUCGAUUAGGGACGUAUCAUUGCAAUACUACCACCAGCACUUGGGGAAGGAGCAGCUGAUUUACCGGAUUAAAGUAACUGUGCUAAUCUGCGGCCUUGGGCGAAAAGGAUAAGUGUCUUUUUACUUCUUGCCCCCCCUCCCCCUAAUCUAGACAUGCAUUCUGAAGUUUGGAAGUUGGACGUACUUUGGAGACCAGGUGAACCUCAUUGUGCGCUGUGCUGACGGAACAAGUGAAAACUGCUCAAACAGCGCCCCCGUCGACCUCUCGGAGUACUUGUCCAACGGCGAGUUUCAACUGAUCCGUAAGUGCUGCGAAGUUUGCGAGAUAUUUCGCGAGUCCGGAACAUUUGACAGGGCACGGAAAUACGUACCCACCCUGCAUUAAACCCAGGGAGGUGUAAUUUUAGCCUCAGGAUUAAAGUUAGGACAGGGGGAGCGGGUAGGUGCCUCCCUGGAAUUUAGUUCAGGGUAAGUGCUUAUUCCCGGUGGUAAACCGAGCAUUUCUCAGUGAAUUCCUCCCGAUGACUUGACCCAGGGUUUCGUUCUUCGGGACCAACCAGCUGUUUCCACCAAAUGCGCUCGUUUGAGGAGAAGCGUUGGCAGCAGUUACAGUCGCCUUAUGGCGCGCAAAAUUCUUUGGGCUUAUCAGAUUGGCUACCGGACAGGGUAGGGCGUACGAAGUAGAAGACGUUCGCCCCUAGAAAACCUCAAAAUCAACUAUUUGGACAUUUCAGAUUAGGAUUAAGAGCAUCUGACAUGAAAUUCACUCUUUUCCACGUGACUAAUAUCGAUGGAAUAGUAGGUUGCCGUGUCUGACAUCCCUGAUGAACUUACAAAGAAGUCUCAUAAAAUAAACUUUCUUUGAUUAAAUGUGUCUCUCGUGUCUGCUGAGAACGCAGUUGUUCAGCCAAAAGUUUUUGCGCCUUGCUUAGUACUAAGGACAGAAUGUAAGUACAGUGUUUUUCGAACCGAGAAGAAUGCUUCGCAAGAAAAUACGGGAGUUGUGGAAUAUCGGUAUUUUGUUAUCGUAUGCGGGAAAUGCGUUCACAAAUCGGGUUACGGCACAUAGUAGUCCCAAAAACCUGGCUUUGGGCAAAGGUGGCUGACGACUGGUUUUUUUAAUUUCUUGGGAAAUUAACUGCUAACUUUGAGUAAAACAGUUUGGAGUAAUGACUACAGGCGCAGAUCGAAAUUUAAUGUGAAUAUUUGAGCCAAAGUCUAUUAGGCACGGCAGAAUAAAAGCGUAAUAUUCAUUUAACUGCCAACAGGUAGCUGGCAGUGUAUCUUGGGGUUCCUGAACAUCAUAGGUGGUUCAACCGUUCUGCCCGACGAUGUCCCCCGUGUGCUCCACAGCAGGGUAAGAGCAAGCAGGGGGAGUUGUGCAUCAAUUAGCUUAUAGUGAUAGUAGACUUGAACAGCGUCUGCCGCACCCUCUUCUCCUCCUCCUCCUCCUUCUACUCAUCCUCCUCCUCCUCCUCCUCCUUCUCCUCCUCCUCC